CAGAAAUACCAGCAAUUGACUCAAUAACCACACACACAAACAAACAACGGUCCGACAACGCCCCACUUCGACUCUGCAAAAACUCACCGCUCCUCCUCCUCCCUCCUCUUCACCACCUCCCCAACUCUCUUCACCACCUCUCCUCAUCUCCUUUCAUCUACAUCUCCACAAUGAUCAUCGGACCGGCUAUGUUCCCCAUGCUCUGGUUUAUCGCCAAGGGCCUCUGGGGCGAAUACCACAAACGGCCUCCGCUCUGGCUCUCCUACGAGCCCGAGCAGUUCCCCGAGGUCACCUACUACGACACCGUCUGCGACGUCGUCCGUCCCGAGGUGUUUGGCGGCUGUGAGGAUAUCAGGAUUAUUGGCGAUUACGCAAUUGUCUCUUGUGAUCCUUAUCUCAAGCAGAGCAACUUCUUCACCGGAUUCACCCCCAACACCCCCUCCGGCGCUGUCUACAUCUGGAACUACGUCACCGACGACACCCCGACCCCAAUCGAGCUCCCCGCCGACUUUGGCGAGUUCCGUCCCCGCGGCGUGCACGCGCGCCAGCUCACCGACUCUUCCAAGAUCCGCCUGUUUCUCUCCAACGCGGCCUACAAGAACGCCUCGGUCGAGGUCUUUGACUUUGAUCCCGCGACCAAGGCCGUCGUGCCCUUCGCCUCGCUCCACCACGAAGAAGCGAUCCUCGAUCCCGCCGCCAUCGUCUCGAUCUCGGACGACCAGAUCUUCCUCACAAACACCCUCGGAUGGCCCUACAGCACGCUCGGAAUCAUCGAGGCUCUCUCCGGCUUCCCCUUUGGCUCGAUCGGAUACAUGAACCUGACCGACAUGACAAACAUCACCGGCAAGUCGAUCGGCGUGCAGACCACCCCCGUCGGCAUCGAGUACGUCGACGAGUGGCUGUACGUGACCAGUCUGCAGUACGGCGUCUACGGAUACCAGCUCUACAUCCCGCCCAACGACCUCGACCCCGAGCUCGUGGCCGAAAACAAGUCGCUCGGCCGCAUGCACUUCUACCCCGGCGAGCGCGUCUACCGCACGCCGUACCUGCCCACCCAUCUCUCGUACUCUGAGGAGCUCGGUGGUAUCGUCUCUGCCGCUAUCCCGUCCUACAGCGGCGAGAUCAAGGCAUGGUACGGCCGCAAGUCUGCGUCCUGGGCCGGUCUGCUCGUCGAUCGUGCGCAGGAAGACGGCAAGCCGCUCGUAGUCGCCGACUCCGUCACCUCCGGCCUGCGCUCGAACGACCGCAAGUGGCAGACUCUGUUCUGGGACAAGACCGGCGAGAACUUUUCGGGCCUAAAGUCGAUGACGAUCGCGAACGGCCGGCGGUUCGGCGUGUCGCCUCACCAGGCUGGUGUCUUGAUUUGCAAGACGAACGGGCUGGAGCCGGUCGAGGUGCCGGAGAAGGCGGUCGAUACCGAGGAGCAGAAGGCGCAGACGAAGGAGAAGCGUAGCAAGUACCAGCUUGAGCAUUUGAAUCUUGCCAAGGAUGAGUUGUAAAUAGGCGAUGAUGUUUAGUUUCUGAAGAAUUAUA